AUGUCGCUGCCCCACCGGCGGCCCCACUGGUACCCCGAGCAGCGGCAGCGCGCCUCCUUCUUGUUCUCCGGUAUCCGCGACCCGGUCACGCCCCCGCCGUCGCCUGCCUGGGCCCCCGGGCUCGACCCUGAGCUCACAGGUGGCGCGGCAGAGGGCUGCUCGGAGGAGGCAGAGGCCUGGGGCCACGUCCGCUACGACCGCGGACGGGCGCUGAGCCGCUGCACCGCUGCGGUUCCCCUGGGCCCGGCGCCCCGCGCCCCGCAGCGCACCGCCCAGGGCCCCAGAACCUCGCCCCAGUGGGCGCCCACCCCGUCUCCCCCGCGGCGCGUCGGGUCUCCGCAGCCCGCCUGCCGUGCUGGCCUCGGCCGCCGCCCCUCCACCCAGCACGGUCCCCAGCGAGCGGAGGACCGCCAGCCCGGCGCUUCUGGAACAGCGGCCGCGGGCGGCAAAGAGCCGGAGCCCAGCGUCCACAGCCUGGCUGCACGGAGCCGGAGGAGCGCCGAGGAGCCCGCGCCGCCGCUCGCCGUGCCCCCGACUUGGGCCGGCAGAAGGGUCCCCUGCCGGUGCGCAGGGGACAAGAGUCGGGGCCGGGGCAAGCUGCUGGUCGCCGCCUCAGGAAAAUGCCAGGAGAAUUUCAGGAAAGUUGCCCUGGAAAACAAAACGGAUUGGAAAAACCCAGAUGAAUUGUGGAGAUAUUACAACAAAGAAUCCUGAAGAAAGAGAUCUUUUUCUCCCUCCCCUGCACCCCUGUCUCAGGGAGGAGGGGGCACAAAGCGAAAUAAUGACGAUGCAGUAAAACAGGAUGAACACUAUGGAAAUA